GACUGAAACUCAAGAGUCAUGAAAAAAAGGGAGAGACGGUGGUUAGGGAGCUUCCCCUGGCGGUGUUGCUGGUUACUCCUGAUCCUGUGGAUUACAGUGGGAAAGGCAAAAUUUGUGAAUAAUACCUACCCUGUUUUUGACAGGCAAGGUUUUCCUGGUGAAAAGUUUGAACAUUUGGUUGUUAACAAAUACACUGGACUUGUAUACAUAGGUGGAGUUAACAUGAUUUACCAAUUGACUCCCAAACUAACCUUGAAAAAUACGGCCAUCAUGGGUCCAAAGGAAGACAGCCCCAACUGCCCUGUGACCCGAGUUUGUCCUCAAGUGGAUACGAGGCCCACGGACUACCACAACAAGGCCCUUAUCAUAGACUAUGAACAGAGUAGGUUGAUAGCGUGUGGGAGCCUCUUUCAAGGAGUGUGUACAGUCCAUGACCUGGAAGACGUGUUAAAUUACAACACUCCAGCGAACGAGUCGGUGGUGGCAAACAAUGCCACGGCAUCCACGGUGGCCUUUAUUGCUAAGGGACCGACCGACACUAUUCGUAGAAUGACCCACGUCCUCUACGUCGGCGUGACCUUUACAGGUAGUGGACCUUACCGAUCAGAUGUACCGAUGGUAAGCAGUCGUAGUCUUGACCCAGAAGCUAUGUUUACCAUUGCUGAAUCGAAAGUAACCACUGGGACAAAAGUUUCUGUGAAUAGCCUCGCGCGUGCCAUCUACCCGAUCACUUAUGUGUAUGGGUUCGAGAAUAAGGACUUUUCAUAUUUCGUAACGGUGCAAAAGAAGAACACUGAUAGGCCUUACCCCUUCCUAUCCAAACUUGUUCGAAUUUGUCAAAACGAUCCUCAUUACUAUUCAUACACCGAGAUUCCGUUGGUCUGUCGCUCGAAAGAUGGCACGGACUAUAACCUCGCUCAGGCUGCUUUCGUAGGUCAACCAGGCUCUGACUUAGCCGUUUCAUUAGGCAUCACCGCCCAGGAUAAGGUGCUCUUUGUGGUGUUUGCCAGCUCGAAGGACGAAGCUGAUAUUUACUACAAACCCUCCAUGACCUCGGCUCUCUGCGUUUACGCUUUGUCCGCUGUCCACCGGAAAUUUAUCCAAAAUAUCCAGAACUGUUUCAAUGGUCAAGGAGAUAGAGGCCUAGAUUUUAUUAAUCCAAGUCAACCAUGCCAACAUACACAAGUCCAGAUCAACGAUGACUUCUGCGGAAUGGAUGUAAACACGCCGCUUGGUGGAAACAUGCCUGUAGAGGGCGUGCCUGUCCUAACAUACUCUGGAGUUCUUCUAACAGCUGUAGCAGCGACCUCUACUCAUGACUAUACUGUAGCCUUUCUUGGGACAUCCACGGGCCAUCUUAAAAAGGCCGUGGUGGACUCUGUCACCAGUGCUUUCGAGUACUCAGAUUUUGUGAUUGACGAAGGGUCACCCGUGAAUCAGGAUUUGACCUUCGACCAAAACCGAAAUAACUUGUACGUUCUCACCGAGAGAAAGCUCACAAUGGUAAAAGUCCAGGAGUGCCAAAUGUACAACAGUUGCCGCACUUGUCUUGGAGCCCAGGAUCCUUACUGUGGCUGGUGCUCGUUAGAAAACAAGUGUAGUUUACGAAGUGACUGUGCUCAAGCUGCUGAAGAUCCACUUUACUGGCUGUCGUACAAAAGUGGCAAAUGUACAACUAUUAGCAAGGUUAAUCCUCCUCAAAUACAGCGCACAACAGCUCGUAUUCUGACUUUGGUAAUAAAUAACCUGCCAGUGCUUGAUGGACAAUUCCUAUGUGCUUUCACUGCGUACGGAAAAACUCUGGUUACCAAUGCUACUCGUUCAGCUGAUGGAGUCGGCUGUGCCACACCACAUACGGACUCUUUGCCAACUAUUCCUCUUGGCAAAAAUCAUUUUACUGCCAAGUUAUCUGUGAGGAUGAAAACGGGUCCAGACUUCGUUGCAACAAAUUUUACUUUUUACGACUGCAGCACUUACAGUUCAUGCACCAAAUGUGUCUCCAGUCGUUUCCCUUGUGACUGGUGUGUAGGAGGCCACCGGUGUACUCAUGACACCGGAGAAAAUUGCCGCAAUGACAUUUUAGUCACUGGAAUAGAAAGUAUUGGUCCUAGCAUUAGAUCGGGACCUGGAUUUUGUCCUAUGAUUAAUGUUACAGCUGGGAGUUCUACUGAAAUUCUUGUUCCUAUGGGUAUUAGAAAGGCCAUCCAGGCAAGAGUAGAGAAUACACAGCUUUUUCUUCCAUCUACAAGGUUUGUUUGUCAGUUUAACAUUGAAGGGCGAGUUAAACAAGUGGACGCACAACUUUUAUCGGACACUAUCUACUGUGGCGAGUUGAAUUUCACCUACAGCACACGAGCUCCUAAUGUAUCAGCAACGUUUGCUGUUAUCUGGGAAGGUAACAAACCCCUGGACAACCCAGAAAACAUACACGCCCUGGUGUACCGAUGUCAAGGAAUGGCUAAUAAUUGUGGAAUAUGUUUGGAGCUUCCUGAAAAAUAUCGAUGUGGCUGGUGUCAGAAGAGCAAAUCAUGUCAGGUGAAAGAGACGUGUAAAGGAAACUCGUGGUGGUUAGACAGGAAUCAAUCAUGUCCCAACCCACAAAUUCACUUUUUCACCCCUGCUUCUGGACCUAUAGAAGGUGGCACCAACAUCACAAUUGAUGGGAUCAACCUUGGUAGAAUUUUUGAAGACAUAGUAAAUGGUGUUACUGUCAAAGUAUCUGAUAGCAAACACGGUCGAAUCGACAUUCCCUGCAAACCAUUUCGUGCGCUGUACGUGAAAACCACAAGGAUUGUCUGCGAAGUGGGUAGCCCUCAAGAAAGAACUUCCCACUCAUCGAACAUUGUAUCUAUCUUGGGUCCUGUUGUUGUUAAAGUGCCGAAUGACCACUCUGCAACAUCACCUAGGAAUUAUGAAUUUGUAAAUCCAGAAAUUAAGUCUAUCAGCCCUAGUAAAGGACCCAAGUCAGGCGGUACACGCCUAAGAAUAUGGGGAAUCCACAUGAAUGCAGGCAGUACUGCUGAAGCUACUAUUGGCCCCCUUAAGUGUGUAAUCACAAACCGGACAAAAAACUCUGUUGAUUGUAUUACCCCAACAUCAGAUAAAAUUGGGCAAAAGAAAGUUAGAGUGAAAUUUGACAAAGGGUUACGCAGUUUUGAUGACUACCAGUUUUUGUAUGUAAAUGAUCCUAGAGUGAGUAAUGUAGAAGCAGGAUCUUCACGACAGAAAGGUCCUCGAGGUAUCCCCAGUGGGGGGAUUACCAUUAAUGUAAAAGGAAGUUAUCUUAACACUAUCCAAGAACCCCAGAUUUAUGUGGAAGUCAACGGGGAGCUGUAUACUGGUCAUUGUGUUGCAUUAUCGGCCAAGAGUAUGAAAUGUAAAAGCCCAGUAGUUCCCAUUGACCAAUCAACUUUUAGCAGAAGUGAUCCUCAGGAGUUUCAUUACGGAUUUUUGAUGGAUAAUGUGGACUCAUUAAAAAAUCUUAGUUAUCAUCCAGAUUUUGACAGAUUCAGGAUGUUUCCUGAUCCAGUUUAUGACAAAUUUUCAGAGAAGGAUAACGUAAAGUACUACAAGAGUGAUUAUUUAACUAUUAAUGGUAAACACUUGGACAGAGCUUCGCAGGACACCGAUGUGAUAGUUCGGAUUGGAAUAAGCUUUUGUAACGUGACGUCUCUUUCUCGAUCUCAGCUAACUUGUCGUCCUCCAACUUCUCAACCUCCAGAUCGUGAUUCCAAUGGAAAUCCUAAUCCAGAUAACAUUCCACAAGUUGUUGUUGAAGUAGGAGACAACUUGAAGUACUCGAUUGGAUGGUUGAGUUACGAACUUCCUUCAGCACAAGAUAACUCAAUCUCACAGAAGCUGAUUAUUGGUGCCUUUGUUGGUGGCUCAGCCUUCUUAUUGGUGGUUCUCAUAGCAGUGAUUCUCUACAGACGCAAGUCUAUGGAAAGCAGCCGAGUUCUCAAAAACAUGCAGGAACAGAUGGAUGUGUUGGAAUUACGGGUUGCAAGUGAGUGUAAGGAAGCUUUUGCUGAACUUCAGACGGAAAUGACUGAUCUGACAAGCGAUGUGACUGCGGGAGGAAUCCCCUUCCUAGACUAUCGUGCUUACUCAAUGAAAGUUCUUUUUCCAAAUUCAGAGGAUCAUCCAGUUCUGAGAGAAAUGAUUCUUGAUCCUAUAAAAAAACUGUACAUUGAAAAAGGUCUUCGUCACUUUGGCCAGUUAGUAAUGAACAAGACAUUUCUCCUUUUGUUUAUUCGGACUUUGGAGUCAAAUCGAUAUUUCUCUAUGAAAGACAGAGUGAAUGUGGCUUCACUGAUCAUGGUAACGCUUCAAGGAAAGAUGGAAUAUAGUACUGAUAUUCUAAAGACCUUGUUGGCAGAUUUAAUUGAGAAAUGUAUUGAAGGAAAGAGUCAUCCAAAGUUAUUGCUGAGAAGAACUGAGUCUGUGGCUGAGAAGGUGCUUUCAUCUUGGUUCACUUUUCUUCUUUUCAAAUUCCUCAAGGAGUGUGCAGGUGAGCCAUUGUUUGUAUUGUACAGAGCUAUUAAACAACAAGUGGACAAGGGACCUGUUGAUGCCAUCACCAACGAGGCUCGUUACUCUCUUUCGGAGGAAAAACUCAUCCGACAGUCUGUGGAGUACAAGUGCAUGACUGUGUUUGUAUCAAUGUCAUCACAGACAGGAUAUGUCACUGGACUGGAACCUCCAGGAGAAAACAUUGAGACACCAGUGAAGGUUUUAGAUUGUGAUACUGUCUCACAAGUAAAAGAGAAGGCUUUAGAUGCUAUUUAUAAAAAUACUCCAUUUUCCCAAAGACCCGAGAAGAGUGAUUUAGAUUUAGAAUGGAGAACAGGAACACAUGGCAGACUGACUCUAUCUGACGAGGAUUCAACUUCAAGACUUGAGGGAGGAUGGAGGCGCUUGAACACACUUAGUCACUAUAAGGUUCCAGAUGGCGCUCUCUUAACUUUGGUUCCUAGACAGUCAUCGAUGUAUAACAUUUCAAUUAUGUCUGAAAAGAAUGAAAAGUCUUACAAAUAUGAGACUCUCAACUUCUCAAUGAAAACAAGCCCUCCUCUAAGCCAAGCUACAUCACCCCUGAAUCAUGAUCUUGAGACAAAUUUUAGACCUUGGCACCUGGUAAAGCAUCAUGAUGCUGAACCAAAAGAAGGGGAAAGAGGGAACAAAAUGGUGUCAGAGAUCUACCUCACAAGGCUCUUAGCUACAAAGGGAACACUGCAAAAAUUUGUCGAUGACCUGUUUGAAACAAUUUUUAGUACAGCUCAUAGAGGAAGCGCCCUUCCUCUUGCUAUCAAGUACAUCUUUGAUUUCCUGGAUGACCAAGCAGUCCAACAUGAGAUCACGGAUAGAGAAGUUGUCCAUACAUGGAAGUCAAAUAGCUUACCGCUAAGGUUUUGGGUUAAUCUCAUUAAGAACCCUAAUUUUGUGUUUGAUAUUAACAAAUCAAACAUUGUCGACUCCUGCCUGUCAGUGGUGGCACAAACCUUUAUGGAUGCCUGUUCUACGUCAGAUCAUCGACUAGGGAAGGAUUCACCGAGUAGUAAAUUGUUAUACGCAAAAGACAUUCCCAUUUACAAAGAUUGGGUAGAUAGAUAUUAUCAAGAUAUCCAAGGUAUGCCGGCUAUAAGUGACCAGGAUAUGAAUGCUAUGUUAGCCGAAGAAUCAAGACAACAUGCCCAUGAGUUCAACACAAACGUUGCUUUACAUCAUCUCUACAGCUAUGCUUUGAAAUAUAAUGAUCAGUUGAUGGUCUCUCUAGAAGAAGAUGAAUUUUCCAGAAAAAAUCGUUUGUCGUUGAAAUUGGAACAGGUGCAUGCCAUUAUGACAGGGGAGUCCGAAGCUUGACUUUUUUGGUAGUGGUCAUUAAAUGUUAAAAUCAAAACAGUGGUCAGUUUAGCUUUUCUGUGCCAUGCUUUCAGGAAAGAUUGAACAGUUAACUGUUGAAAACAGUUGUGAGGCCUCGAAGAUUGCUGAUACUGUUUAUAAACGUAACUGUAAACAAAGGAAAAAAAAUAACUUCAACUUAAACCACUUAAAUCUUCAGUACUACUUUAUAGAUUACAGAGCACCACAAGUUCCGACCAAUGAGGAAAGCUCUUUCAUGAAACUAAUGGACAGAUUUUCAGCUCAAUGACCCCGGAGUUUUUUUUCCCCUUUGGGCAACCCAAGCAUGGGUUGCACAAAGGACAUGUUGCUAGCCUGUGCCUCUUGCAUUUUGAUCAUAGAAAAUUCUUACCAGUCAUUUAAAGUGCCUUUGUGAUUGGUCACACCCUGCCCUCCCUAUCUCCUUUAGGUUUCUUUUGGAUUACAGUUUGAAAGCCAUCAUUAUCAUCGGUCGUCUUCCAGAGGUGUUUGCUUGGUCCUUUCUUUUUUCAUGUUCCGGGCAUCUUACUUCAGUUUCCUUGCACCACAAAAAUAGUAGUUGAAGGCUGUGCACAUUUGGUGUGUAUAACAGCAUGGUGUAUACUUGGGAUAUAAUUUUGGCCAAUAUCACAACCCAUUAUGUCUCUAUAAUAAUAUAUCAAACAUGCUUACCCUUUAAAUCACCGAUUUACUGAAGUAUUGAUUCUAUGAAGAACAUUGUGUAUAUGUCUGCAUGAGAUGAAAUUGACUAGGAUUAGCCAGUGUGCAGUUGGAUUAAACUGUUUUUGGUUGUUUUUUUGUAACUACUGUGAUAUGUGUUGUACAAAUCAUUUAUUUGUCACAGAAGCAGUAAUAUCUAGCACAAAUUGUUUGAACUAAAAACCAUUUACAAAAAAAAAGAAAUUUGGUGAGUACAUUUUUAACCAAUGAUGAUGGUAGAUGUCAAUUAUCAACAGAGAUAAUUUGUCAGUAUUUUGGGAACGUUUUCUUUGUGCCUUUGUCUUCGUUUUGUUUGACGUAAUACUAGUAACUUCCCUUGGUUACACAAGUACAAUAUUUCUUACCAGUAGAAUCAUACUUAAAAACUGUUGAUAUUGUCUGUAAUGCACCAAUAGACUGUCCUCGUCCUUGGUGUAUUAGGAAGUAAGAUACGUUGCUAUGGGAACAGUGGUUGUCAUAGAGACCUGAGGACUAUUUAUAAGUCCUGACUGUUGAUAUUGUUUGUAAUGCACCAACAGACUGUCCUCGUCAUUGGUGUAUUAGGAAGUAAGAUACGUUGCUAUGGGAACAGUGGUUGUCAUAGAGACCUGA